AGAGAUGACACAAUUGAAGCUUUGGCUGUUUCUGAAGAAGACAUCAGAGUCACAAUUCAAGACAUCGCAACAAAUGAAUAAACUUAUGCUAGAGAAGAAGCCACAAGAAACUAAUAACACGAAACCUUUGUUGCUAAGGUUGCUGCCAUUGAUGAUGUUAUUGAUGCCAUUGAUGAAGCUAGCCAAAUUAAUUCAACAUUUGAGUUUAGGUGCUUCAUUCGUCUAAGUCAAAUCAAAAUACGAAACAAUUCACAAGAGACUUACAGACAACACAUCCCAUUCCCAACUCUUACAACCAGUCGUUGCUGCUCUUACAGAAUUAGCCACUCACGGAGUUAACUAAAAGGCUUUAACCAAGAUUGCUUAACUCUUGAGCGAAAUCAGAUAAUAAUUGGUCUCAGAAAAGGCUACUAAAACUGACGUCGAAGAAAGAUAAGCUGCUCACUGGGCUGAAUUCAGCGCUCAUUUGAGUAACGAACACACCAGAUUAGUCGAAAGAAAAGCCUAAUUGGAAGUCUAAAUCUAAGAAUAAAAGGAUACUAUUGAAGAUGCUCAAUCAUGGAUCGAAUUCCACACCUUAGAAUUGGAAAACAGUGAAGAAAGACUUGCUGGAUAAUAAGCAUGGUAUGCAGUCUAAUCAGAAAUCUAUGAAACUCAAACUGCUGAAAGAGAAGCUUAAAACGAAAUCGUUGAUAGACUCCAAGAACACAUUAGCGAGAAAUUAUCAACCACCGCUCAAUUCAUCAGCAAGAGAAAUUGAUUCAUUAAACAAUACAAUUAUGGACAAUUGUUCUAUUAUACAUGUUAUUUAUAUUCU